CCUACUAUCAGCUUUCACACGUCAAACCUUUCCACACUUUUUGGAGUGCUUUUUUAAACAGAGGGUUAGCGGCAUUUACAACUUUUACGCAACUGGAUCUAACACGGAAUACUGCUCUGUUUGACGCUUGACUGGAUAAAUGCUGAAGAAAACGCAAGGCGUGGACGCGUCGCGCAUUCUUGUGAAGGGCCCCGAAUUCUUGAGGAGACAGCUGGAGCGGGAGAGCGAGGCGAAUAAAGGGCGCAUCAGUGCGGUGGAGAGGUUGGCGGCCACUAAACCUCAAUAUGUAAAAAGUCAACAGGCGGUCGGUUCCCCUCAAGAGCCCGUCAUCAGCUUCGGGUCUGCCUCCGUGAGCAGUCAAGGGUCCUCUAACAGGUUCGGUUCCGUUAAGAAAGCUACUAGUGUUGAUGUUGUGGAUGAUAACUUGUCGCCUCUAGAAGAUUCCAAUGUAGUUCGACGAACCAGCUCGAAAAAACGACCUGACUCGAUUUUAUUAUAUAGACAGAGGUGUGAACUACUGAGAGGGUCACCACCUGUCGGGAGUAGGAAACUGAUGAAAAAGGCGUUAUUCUCAACACAAAACAGGACUAAAGCGUUUUCUGAGGCGCAGGGUGACGCAUUUGAUUCUGAAGUGUAUGAUAAAAAAGACCACGCGCUUGGAGCCACGCGUAAAUAUUGCGAUAAAGAGACUUCUCGGGUAAUCUUACCAAUCUCCAAUGGGUCAACAAAUUUCGUCCUGCAGCAAGGUGAGACAGUCGCUGUGACGACGAGGGCACCUCUUCACAAGAGAGUCGAAGACACGCGUGCGCACGAGCGCAAGAGUCGGAGUGGAGUGGCGCGCUCGAGCUCUGAUAUCAGUUCGCGCUACUCGAAGAACUUCGCGGACUUCGACGCGUUCUUCAAAUACUGCGGCCUCGAUGGUGAUGUCAUCGAGUCCCUGGGCAAAGAGAACUUCUACGCGCGCUCGGACGACCUCAGCCUGAAAAUACGAAGCGUCAGCGUUUCGACGUCAGAUGAUGGAUUCUCGAGGAGCAGCGGCGGCCUUCUGGAGGAAGAACUGCAAGUACAAGAGAAGGUCCGUCAAGGCCAAGGGUCGUCAGUUGUUGAACGCAACGCUCGGAUUAUCAAGUGGCUUUACAGCUGCAGAAAUGCAGCGGAGUCAGGAAAGACUCUUCGAGACCUUGAUUGACUUGUUUUGGGUCAUGUUAAAGGGUCAUCUCGCAUAAAGUUCCCUUCUACCUGAAAUAUCGGAAUGACAAGAUAGGCGCAUGAUUCUGUGUCUGUAAAUGAGAUUGCACGUUCAGGAAUACUUAUUGGUGUUGUGUUGAACCCUGUUUCCCCCAACAGAUCUAUAUGGGGGGAACAGUAUCUGAUAGUAACAUGCACAAACCUAAGCCUAACCCUUCCCUACCAUACCAUACCCUACUUCUAAAGUCAUGGUUACUACAAUACUACUAAAACCAUGACUAAUUAACAUAAGGGUAUCACUUAUUAGCACAGUGUGUAACUCAAUGUUUUAACAACUUUAUCUUAGAUAUUUUUAUAUGAUGUGAAUUUCCUCCAGAUGAAAUUUGUUUGUCUGUCAUUACCUCAGGCAAGCACUGCUUCCUUAGUUUGAAUGAGAAACUAUUGGCUAACAUAAUUCUUUGAAUAUAAUUAUUGAGGUUUAUGAUAUUCAUUCAUUUUGAAAUCACUUGUAGCAUUUUCUACAUGACCAGUAGGCCUUGAUUCCAGUGUCAUGUUUUUGUACCUGACAGUUUUAAUUAUUAUUAUUAUUCUACUCUAUCCUCCUGGAAUACAUGUUACUUGAUUUAUAAUAUAUUAAAAGGCCAGGUUUUAUUUCCGCUGCAUUGUAUUUCCAUUGUGUUAUGUGAAAACUGGCCUUGCAUGAGUAUUUUUGCAUAAAUUAUAGUCUACAAAAACAUUAAAAAGUUUGUUCGAUCCAUAUUUGCCUAUCAGCUGUGGAAUGCAGAAUAUAGCACCUGGCCUUGAGAUAUGAAAAAAUAUGGCCUCAAACAAAGAGUUUCGUCCAUUGUUGCGUAAUAGAGGAAAUGGUGAAGUAACAGCUUGUAAACUCACACCCAGUGUGGGGGUGUAUGAUAUGUGCCACUGUCACAAGUUCAAAAGAAUAGGUGGCUGUUUAUCCUGACUCACUGACUGACUACUUUUUUGUAGUGACACAAUGUAUGAAAAUGCUAUGCACAUAUAAAAAUAGUUAUCGGUCAAUAAAAUCUUUCCCUUUUCUAGCACAGAUUACAAACUACUGUUACUUAAGUGUGUUUUUGUUGUAUGCUUUGUAAAUCUUUAUAGAUCUUGUAAAGUGUGCUCUCAAACAUAUCAAACUCCUAAUAUUGUUUAAAUGUCCACCAGUAUUUGAAUUACCAUAAAUGCAUGUUUAAGAAUG